GACGAAAGGAAUGUUUUGAAAAGUUGAAACAGUAAUGAUGACGUUCAUACCAGACUACACGGUUGACAAGUGUCACAUUUCGACUCACGGUGUAGUAGACGUUUGCAAAACAGGACGCACAAGCCUCCCUAUAAGCUGAAUUAGGGUCGAAUGCGAUGGGGUUACACGUGCCAACAUCGUUCCCCUGGUUCACCCAGUACAAAGAGACGAAAUGCACUCUCGGUGAACUGCUGGUUAGUUUUGGAACUUACGAACCAUGAAAUGUCCUAACGCCAGCACUUUCUCUUACCUUGUUUCCAGCUGAGCUAGGUAGCACGCAAGGUGCCUCGGGCACCACCAUUGGUACGCGUGGAGGUCACUUGGUGACGCAGAAAACGAGUUGCCGUUGUCUCGCGUGCGUCUACCGGUAAAUCAGACCAAGUCCCACACCGGUGUUGCGUCGUCGUUUUUAUCCUAGGGAAGGAAAACAUUCGUCACGCACUAAUCCCUCAAACGAAGGUCUUUCUGUGCGAGCAGGCAUGUUGCCGCUGCAGAAAAUUGGUUGCAAUUGAAUUCUUCAGCUGCACUGCGGCAGCGUGGUGCUUCGUCGCUUUUUUUGGGCUACUUGCGCACCAACCCUGGUCACACGGACUCCGACCGAUCAUAGUGGUGCGCGACCUGCGCGAGGGGUGCCAGAAGGCAUUUCGUCUCGAUACGAUCGGGAAAUGUGGUGCACUACACAUACGGCCUUUGGAAGAGUCCAACGGGUAUUGAAGCCGCCAUUGACACGCCUGUGUCCAUGACACAUGAGUCAAGUAUCCAAAUCUUUGGCAUCCCAUAUCUCGGCCUCAAUCAACAGAACAGGGAAGAUGGACCCAGUCACACGACGCUUCAACCCGUGUCUCGCAUUUUGUGUGGUCAAUAUCCUGUUGCUCUGUAUCGGCAAUCUUACAUACGAUCCGCAGAGCUACAUCAUUCUGCGUGAAGCCUUUUUUCAAGGUCAAGAACACCGACGACAUUGCGCCUUGAAUUUACUAUCUAUAUCGAAUGCCUACGCUGCUAGAGUGCCGCCGAACAGUGGGGACACUGCUCGCCCGUUAACCUCCUCGAAUGCAGGGAGGCGUAGCUCCAGUCCGACUCCACCUGCAUCGACGGCUUCGAACCGGCAUCCGCCGCUUCAUCAACCAAGUACGGCUCCAACGACCGCAGCGACUGGAACGUCGACUGUGCCACGACGGAUUUCAGGAAGGCAGGAACAGACAGCAUCGUCGAGCCGAGGCCCCGGCCUCGUUACCGGUGUUCCAGGACGUCACCAUCCCUACAGGCGUCCGCCCGCCGCGGUUUCACUGCCUAUGGGCGUCACGCAAGCAAGCAGCUCUCCUAGUUCAGCGAGUGCGGCAAGGGCGGCGACUACUGUACACCAGCGCGAUCGAUCGGCAGGGAUACAAACUGGCCCGAAUGAAGGUGCCUUGCGCGCGCAAAUUUCUCGACGACUGCAGGAACACCGGAGAAGGCUGUUACAACAAAUUUCAUUGCAUCAAUAUUUAUUACAACACUACCGUGACCCACACAAUCCUUCGUACGUUGUUGUGACGCCAGACAUCCUUCAUACAUUGUAGAGUCUCGCCUUACAGACAAGUUUGUUCAACAUCGAGGGCCUACAUAUACAACCAGUCCCUGGCAGCCCCGGAUCAGUAGCGGUAACGCUUGGAUCUGGAUUCCCUCUUCACCUGAACCCUCAGGAUCAGCUGCAGUUGCACCAUCUUCAUGAGCAACGACAGCUCUUGCG